CCGAGUGGCAGCAUUAUUUUGGUUCAGUGGACUGCCGUCCUGUCCACUGCCCUCACCGUGCUGCUUUCCCCGGAUCUGAACUUGCUUUAGCUCCUGUUGGAAUAGCACAACCUUUCCCUCAUUCUCUCACUAAGGAUUGGUAAAUUCUUGGUUUUGAGCUGGUUAAAGUAAAGUCAACCUAUAAGUUGGCGGAGAGACCGUCGGGAUGUCAGGAUCAGUACAAGUGACGCAGCAGCUGCAGCAGCUGCAGCAGCAGCAUCAGCAGCAGCAUCAGCUGCAGCAUCAGCAUCAGCAGCAUGAGAGCAGCUGUUACCUGAGCUCCAAGUCGUCCGUUAAACAGCACUCGUUCUCCACGUACAAGACCAGCAGCCGUCGCCAGAAGACCACUGUGAAGACGGAGAAGCGGCAGGCGGUGGUCAAGCUGAGCCCGCUGCCCGCGAGAGCCAAACGCACCUACCUGGCCAUGGACACGGACAAGGAAGUCAUCGGCUACGUCAUUCCCGUAUUCAGAGCCAAUCACGAGGAUGUUCGCGGCCUGAUGGAGGCGCGGGAGGAGGAGGUCACGGAGGAGGGCAUUCACUAUGUGGCCAUGAGGAACCUGUUUGUCAGGGAGGCCAGGGAGGCUGUGGACGUUAAAGUGGAGACGAAAACCAGAUCAACGCACAUCCGGGAGUCCGCCGAACGCAUGGAGCUCAGCAAGACGAUGGAGGAGUGGGCGGAGUUCCGUAAGAAGAUGAACCCAGACAGCCUGACGCACCGUCCGGAGUUCAUCGUCAAGCCCCGUGGGCAAACAGUGUGGGAGGGCGGGGCCGUCAGGCUGCACUGCACCGUGGCCGGAUGGCCUAAGCCCAGGAUCGCAUGGUACAAAAACAACGUCCUCAUUGAUGCCAAGGCCCACCCGGAGAAGUACGCAAUCGAGAGCAGUUUCAACAUGCACUCCCUGGAGAUCAAGAACUGUGAUUUCAUGGACACUGCUCAGUAUCACGCCUCUGCCCUCAACGUGAAAGGCGAAGCUUCUUCCGUGGCCACCAUCGUUGUCAAAAGGUUCCAGGAGGGCGAGGAAGCAGGCCCACUCGAUCCCAAACCACAUGGUUUCUGCGCUGAGCAUGGCGUCACAUUCGAAACAACCAUUAUUGACAAAUUCGAAGUGGCCUUUGGCCGUGAAGGUGAAACAUUGAGUCUGGGCUGCACCGUCAUCAUUUACCCCACUGUGAAAAAGUACCAGCCUGAGGUCGUGUGGUCCAGAAACUCUGUCCCCCUGAAGCCCUCUAAGUGGGUGCACACCCACUGGUCCGGCCAACGAGCCACCCUCACACUUGUCCACCUCAACAAGGAGGACGAGGGCAUGUACACCCUGCGUGUCAACACCAAAUCUGGCUUUGACACCUACUCCGCGUAUGUGUAUGUCAGAGAUGCCGAUGUGGAGGUGGAGGGCGUUCCCGUGGCCCCCCUGGAUGUGCGCUGCCACGACGCCAACAAGGACUACGUGGUGGUGACCUGGAAGCAGCCAGCGGUGGAGGGCAGCAGCUCCAUCCUGGGAUACUUCAUCGACAGGUGCGAGGUGGGCACUCACCACUGGGCUCAGUGUAACGACGCCCCGGUGAAGUACGCCCGCUUCCCCGUCACUGGACUGGUGGAGGGGCGCUCUUACGUCUUCAGGGUGCGGGCCACGAACAAGGAAGGAGUCAGCCGCCCGUCCCGCGUCUCCGACGCCGUGGUUGCCAUGGAUCCCUCGGACAGGGCCCGCCUCAGAGCCGGCCCGUCAGCUCCUUGGACUGGAAUGAUUAAGUUCACCGAGGAGGAUCCCACUGUGGGAGUUGUCCCCGGAGAGCCUUCUGACGUGGUGGUGACUGAGGCCACCAAGAGCUACGUGGUGCUCGCCUGGAAGCCUCCAGUCCAGAGGGGUCAUGAAGGAGUCAUGUAUUACAUUGAGAAGUGUAUCUCAGGGACAGAGACCUGGCAGAGGGUGAACUCUGGCAUGCCAGUCAAGUCUCCCCGCUUCGCCCUGUUCGACUUGGCCGAGGGGAAAUCCUACAGCUUCCGCGUGCGCUGCUGCAACUCCUCUGGUGUGGGCGAGGCCUCCGUGUCCACAGGAGAGAUCACGGUGGGAGAUAAACUGGACCUUCCCUCAUCCCCCGGCAAUCCAGUGGCCACCAGGAACACUGACACCUCAGUGGUGGUCUUCUGGGGGGCCUGUAAGGAUGUUAAAUACCUGGUUGGAUACUACGUUGAAUAUAGCGAGGUGGGCACCGAUGUGUGGAUACCUUGUAACAACAAACCCGUCAAGCAGACCAGGUUUGUGUGCCACGGCCUGACUACGGGGUCAAACUGCAUGUUUCGGGUCAAAGCCGUCAACGCUGCUGGAUACAGCCAGAGCUCCUCCAGUUCCGAGGCCGUGGUUGUGAAAGCCGCCAUCUCCGUCCCUGGAAGGGCCACCGGUGUGACCGUGCUGGAGGCCGUGAAGGACACCAUGAUGCUGACCUGGACUGAACCCGCUAGCAAGGGAGGAGCGGAUGUCCGAGGAUACUUUGUGGACUACAGGACUGUGAAGGGGCACGUUGUUGGAAAAUGGCAUGAAAUGAACCUCAAGGCAUUGACUACCACCUCUUAUAAAGCUGAGAACUUGAAGGAGAACGUCUUCUACCAGUUCCAGGUGCGCGCUAUGAACAUGGCAGGUGUGAGUGAAGCCUCUCUGCCCACCUCAGCUCUGGAGUGCAAGGAGUGGACCAUCACUGUGGCAGGUCCUCCUGUUGGUCUUCACGUGCUGGAGGUCCGGGACACCUCCGCCGUGGUCCUGUGGGAGCGACCCGCCUUCGAUGGCCGCACACCUGUCAACGGCUACUACCUGGACAUCAAGGAAGCCUCUGCGGGAGAGAAAGGCUGGAAGGCUGCUCACGAAAAGGCCAACAAGACUAAAUACAUGAAGGUGACGGGGCUGAAGCCGGGUGCGUCCUACGACUUCCGCGUGCGUGCUCAAAACCUGGCUGGAGUCGGAAAGCCAUCAGCAGUCUUGGGUCCGAUCCUGGCCCAGACUCGCCCCGGCACCAAUGAGAUUCACGUGGACGUUGACGAUGAUGGCGUCAUCUCGAUGAUCUUUGAGUGCGCUGAGAUGAAGGAGGGCUCUGAGUUUGUUUGGUCCAAGAAUUACCAGACCGUGACAGACACCUCUCGCCUGACGCUCGUCACUGAACGGGGAAGGUCCAGAGCUAUCUUCAACAGUCCCUCACUGGAGGAUCUGGGCACCUUCUCCUGUGUGGUCACCAACACUGACGGCUUCUCCUCCAGCUACACACUCACUGAGGAGGAUCUCAAGCGUCUUCUGGACAUCAGCCAUGACCACAAGUUCCCUGUUAUUCCCUUCAAGAAUGAAAUGGCCAUUGAGCUGCUGGAGAAGGGUCGCGUUCGUUUCUGGACUCAGGUGGAGAAGUGCACUUCGGCCUGCCAAGUGGAUUAUGUCUUUAACGAUGUCAUCAUUACCGAGGAAGAGAAAUACACAGUGAACUUCGACAAGUCCACCGGCAUCAUCGAAAUGUUCAUGGACUCUCUGGAGGUCAGCGAUGAGGGAACAUUCACCUUUGACCUGGUGGAUGGCAAGGCUAAGGGUGCAACCAGCCUGGUGCUCAUUGGAGAUGAGUUCAGGGAGCUUCAGAAGAAGUCUGAAUUUGAGAGGGCAGAAUGGGUCAGGAAACAAGGUCCUCACUUUGUCGAGUACCUUGACUUCACCGUUACUCCAGAAUGUAAUGUGCUGUUGAAGUGCAAGAUAGGAAAUGUCAGAGCAGAGACUGAGAUCACCUGGUCUAAGGACAACAUCGAGAUCGCAGAGGAUGAUGAGGACGCUCAGAAAAUCGAGAGAAAGGACGGCGAUCUGACCUUUAAUAUCGGAAAGUGGGUAAUUAAGCAGGAGAAACCGAAAGGAAAAGAAGGAAAAAAGCCAUCUGCAGAGGACGUUCCCCCGCCGCCAAGACCCAAAAUCUCCAAGGCGGAUGCAGGCACUUACCAGGUCCUGCUGAGGGACGACAGAGGCAAAGACAAGAGCACCUUCAAUUUGACGGACGCAGGAUACCAAGCCGUAAUGAACGAGCUGUUCAGGGUUAUCGCCAACUCCUCCUGUGAUAUCAAAGUGAUCAGUACUGAACAUGGCAUCAUCCUCUACUCCAUGAUCACGUAUUACAAUGAGGAACUGCGCGUCGGGUGGCUCCACAAAGAUGCGAAGAUUGCAGCCUCAGAGAGAGUAAAGUCUGGAGUCACAGGAGAGCAGCUUUGGCUUAAGAUCAAUGAGCCCACUGAGAAGGACAAAGGCAAAUACACCAUGGACAUCUUCGAUGGCAAGGACGGUGUAAAGAGAGUCUUUGAUCUGACUGGCAAGGCUUGGGAAGAGGCAUUUGAAGAAUUCCAAAGGCUCAAGGCGGCAGCAAUCGCAGAGAGAAAUCGUGCUCGUGUUGUUGGAGGCCUGCCAGAUGUGGUUGCGAUCCAAGAGGGCAAGUCGCUGAACCUGACCGGCAACGUCUGGGGCGAGCCGGCACCUGAGGUCAGCUGGACGAAGAACGACAGGGAGCUGGUGUGCGACGAGCGCUACCAGCUCAAGUUCGAGCACGGCAAGUUCGCCAGCAUCACGAUCGCCGCCGUCACCACGGCUGACUCUGGCAAAUACGCCCUGCUGGUCAAAAACAAGUACGGCACGGAGGCCGGCGAGUUCACCGUCAGCGUCUACAACCCGGACGACGAAGAGAACAAGGAGGGGAAGAAAGGCUAAAAAGAGAGAGAGAGAGAGAGAGAAAGAGAGAGAGUGCAAAGCAGAAGAGAUGAACGACUGGGCGAUCUCCAAAGCAUUUUUACCCCGACACAUGCCGGUGCACUGAGCAGUUUAAAUAAAUGAUUAAUACAACUGCUUCCUCAAGCCUCUUUCAUGUGCUGGGCAAAAGAGCUUUGGGCAUUGCUUGUUGUGGAAUAAAACCUAUGAAUGUGCUAGAGAGAAAGGUAACAGAUUGCCUAGUAGAUGCUUGACUUCUCUUCUGUCAGUCCUGACCAAGUUCAGCAGUAAAUGUAAUGUUGAGUCAUUCAUCUUUGUUUUAGCGACGAAGGCCAGCAAAACCAAACUGUUACGUUAAACUAUUGCAGUUACUAUUAGAUUUGGAAAACCUUUGACCCCUGGAAUCGAGUCAAGUUAUGCAAUGUAAAAAAAAUAAAGAGAAAAAUGAUGUCAUGAACUUCU